UCAACUUCUGGCCCUUAUAUUUGGCUUUAAGGAGAGUGAAGAUGGCAGAUUGCAACAGAGGUGAAGACUAUUUCUCUUCCCAAGGCCAUGAGGGAGCAUCAAAAUAUGGAGGACUUGCGCCAAAGAAGAAGCCUUUGAUCUCAAAGGAUCAUGAACGUGCCUUCUUUGAUUCUGCAGACUGGGCAUUAUGCAAGCAAGGUGCAGGGGAAAAUAAAAAAUCGACAGCUGCUGUAGAAACCUUGCGGCCAAAACUUCAGAGAACGCCCCAUCAACAACUACCUCCAAGGAGACCUGCUUGUGUCUCCGGCAAAGAUACCCUUGAAGAGUAAAUUGUUGAGUGCUCAAGGAGAGUUCUUUCGUUAAUCUUGGAAAGGAAGGGGAAAAAAAAGUUCCUUGGUGUGUGAUAAUAAUAAAAACAAGGAAUUUAUGUUCAUGGUACAGAUAGCUUUGUUAAUUUUUUUUGUUUUGUUUCUCUUUUUAGUUUUUCAAUUAGCUCGAUUAGAAUAAAGGGAUCUCCUUUGCACAAGAGAGAUGUUCUGAGGUGCCAUUUUGAAAAUUGUGAUGAAUGCUUUGCGUAA